UCUCUCUGAAAACGGAAAAACAUUCUCGCAGAACUCAACAGGAGCGGGAGGAUCUGUAACUUUCUCUUAAACUGAGUUAAAUAGAGUUUAAAUACAGAGUUAAAGUGGAGUUAGAUUUCUUAAUCGAUUCAGUAAAUAAGAGAUUUAGUGUUUAGUGUGUGUUUGGUGUGUCACUGGAACAGGCACUGAAUAAUGUUGCACUGCAGAGCAGUGAUGAAGACUCUGGUUUUCUUCACCUGUUCUCUUCAUCUUUCAUCAGCAGUCACACACUCGCUGCAGUAUUUCUACACUGCAGUUACACCUGGAAUAAAUUUCCCAGAAUUCACUGCUGUGGGUCAGGUGGAUGGAGAGCAGUUUGGCUACUACGACAGUAAGAGGAGAGAAGUUAUAAAGAUGGAGUGGAUACAUGCUGAUGAUCCAGAUCACUGGAACAGACUCACACAGAUCGGGAAUGAACAUCAGGAGUUCUACAAAGCCCAUGUAGCUACACUAAUGCAGCGCUUUAAUCAGACUGGAGGAGUUCACACAAUGCAGCAGAUGUUUGGCUGUGAGCUCCAUGAUGACAACACCACUAGAGGAUAUAGACAGGACGGUUAUGAUGGAGAAGAUUUCCUCAUUUUUGAUCUGAAAACUUUCACAUGGAUCGCUCCUAAACCUCAAGCUCUGAUCACCAAGAACAAGUGGGAUAAUGAUCCUGGCUUUAAUAAUGACUGGAAGAGCUUCCUGGAGUAUGAGUGUAUUGACUGGUUAAAGAUGUACAUGUCUUUCAGCAGAGAGACUCUGGAGAGGAAAGAUCCUCCUACAGCAUCAGUGAUCCAGAAACACUCGCCUUCUCCAGAGGUGGUGUGUCACGCUACAGGUUUCUUCCCCAAAGAGGUGAUGAUCUCCUGGAGGAAGGACGGAGAGGACGUGAACGAGGACGUGGAGCUCAGAGAGACGUUACCCAACCAGGAUGGAAGCUUCCAGAAGAGAAGCAUUCUGAAAGUCCCAGCUGAGGAUCUGCAGAAACACACCUACACCUGCGUGAUUCAGCACAGCAGCUUGAAGGAGGAGUUAGUGCUAGAAGUACCAAAAGGUGGAGGACUGAUGCCUAUCAUCGUUGGUGUUCUCGUGGCUCUCGUUGUUCUCGUUGCCGUUGUUGCUGGAAUUAUGGUCUGGAAGAGGAAGAACUCUGGCUUCAAACCUGCUCCAUCUUCUGAAUUAGAUUCUUCCUCUGACAAGUCUUAAAGUGUGACUGUGUGUCUUCCUGCUGAACUGAGAGAGAGAGACCAGGAGAUGGAGAUGAGGACCAAGACAGUGAUUAAAGAUUG